CGUUCUCCUCCCCUUGUCUUCUCCUCCGUUCCUAUUGCUGCACUGCCAGAACAAUUUAACUCGCACGCGCCUCCACACUGUCGCGCCAUCUCCUCCGCCCGAUUCCUUAACCCACUCCGACCCUCCCCCACUAAAAUUAAUUACUCGCGAGACACCGUAUCCAUCUCCUUCUUCCUCCUUCCUCCUUCAUAUCCCUCCUCCUUCCGCCUCCCCAUUUCUCUUUGGCCUCUCUAUUCCCCCCAAAAAUUUCGUUUUUCCUUUUUUAUUUCCUUUUUCUCUUCUUCUCCUUCUUCCCGAAGUCCCUUAUUCAGAGAGAGGGAGAGAGAUACCAAUGGGGGAUGUAGGAAAGCCAGUGUUGCAAAAGCCGCCAGGCUACAGGGACCCAUCCAUGCCGGCGGCUACGGUGCGGCCACCGCUUAAGAAACCUCAGCUUCCGCCGGCGUUAAGGCACCCGGUAAAACCUUCCCGGAGGCAUCGGACCGGUCGAUCCUGCUGUUGCCGUCUCUGUUGCUGCCUCAUCCUCCUCAUUAUCGUCUUCAUCGUCCUCUUCGCCGCCGUCGCUGGAUUCGGCUACCUCUGGUUCCAUCCUCACCUUCCAUCAUUCCGCAUAGAGAAUGUGACGGUGCCCGUCUUCAAGAUAACGUCGAGAUCGGACGGCACGUUCCUUGACGCAACAGUGGCGGUUAAGAUCCAGGCAGAUAACCCUAACUCAAAGUUAGGGUUGUCGUACCGCGCCGUUGAGGGGAAGGUCGCAUUGGCGGAUGAGGACGGAGAGGUGGAUUUGGGUACGGGAUCGUCAGCGGGGUUUACGUUGGGGAAGAAGAACUCGACGGCGGUUAGGAUGACGACGGUGGCGAAGGGAGUGCUGGUUGAUGACUCAGUUGGGGCGAGAUUAAAUUCAAGGUAUAAGAGUAAGGAAAUCCUCUUUACUGUGGAGAUGAGGAUGAAGGUGGGGUUUGUUAUUAACGGCAAGUCUACCCCGAGGUUCCCCAUUCGAGUGAAGUGUGCGGCUGUGAGCCUGAAGCAGAUUGGAAGCGCACGGCCGCUGCCGAAGUGUGAUAUUGAUUUCUUCAAUGGAAUAUUUUAAGCUGAAGCAGAACUUGGAAUGGUGUUUGUAUAGAGACAUAUCUGAAGAGAUUUAGCACUUCAAAUACUGCACUGUGUGCUUGGCUUUGUGACCUCACCUGGAAGAAGUGAAAUUCUUUUAUAUCACAUAAAUAAUAUAUCCACAUAACCAGUCCUGAGUA